AUGUGGUUCCUCACAGUGAACCAGGUCUUAAGGAAAAUGCAGAGACGCCACAGCAGCAACACAGAAAACGUUCCACCUGAAAGAAAUCGCAGCCAAGCGCUCAGCUCCGAGGCGAGUGUGGACGAAGGCGGCGUCUUUGAGAGUCUGAAGGCAGAAGCGGCCUCCCCACCAGCACUCUUCUCAGGCUUAUCCGGCCUCCCGGCAGGCGGCCUCCCCACCACCCCGUUCCCAUCCAGCCUGGUCCUGGGGGCCGCGGCCGGCGGUGGGGACGUGUUCCUGCAGAUGCCGGCGUCCAGGGAGGAAGGCGGGGGCCGCGUCGAGGGGGGUGCCUACCACCACCAUCGCCAGCCCCACCACCACUUCCACCACGGCAGCCACCGCGGGGGCUCCCUGCUGCAGCACGUGGGCGGGGACCACCGCUCACACUCGGAUGAGGGGGGUGAUGAGCAGCCCGGGACACCCGCCCCGGCCUUGUCCGAGCUGAAGGCCGUGAUCUGCUGGCUCCAGAAAGGGCUGCCCUUCAUCCUCAUUCUCCUGGCCAAAUUGUGCUUCCAGCAUAAGCUCGGCAUUGCCGUGUGCAUCGGAAUGGCCAGCACCUUCGCCUAUGCCAAUUCCACGCUCCGGGAACAGGUCUCUCUAAAGGAGAAGAGGUCGGUGCUGGUCAUCUUGUGGAUCUUGGCCUUUCUAGCGGGGAACACGCUUUAUGUGCUCUACACAUUCAGUUCCCAGCAGCUGUAUAACAGCCUCAUAUUCCUGAAGCCCAACCUGGAGACGCUGGACUUCUUCGACCUGCUAUGGAUUGUGGGCAUCGCAGACUUUGUGCUCAAGUACAUCACCAUUGCUCUCAAGUGCCUCGUCGUGGCCCUGCCCAAGAUCAUCCUGGCCGUCAAGUCCAAGGGAAAGUUCUAUCUGGUCAUCGAGGAGCUGAGCCAGCUGUUCCGAUCCCUCGUUCCCAUCCAGCUGUGGUAUAAAUACAUCAUGGGUGAUGAUUCCUCCAACAGCUACUUCCUGGGAGGGGUCCUGAUCGUCCUGUACAGCCUCUGCAAGUCCUUCGACAUCUGUGGCCGUGUGGGUGGAGUCAGGAAGGCCCUGAAGCUUCUCUGCACCUCUCAGAAUUACGGAGUCCGGGCCACGGGGCAGCAGUGCACAGAAGCUGGUGACAUCUGUGCCAUCUGCCAGGCUGAGUUCCGAGAGCCUCUGGUCCUCAUGUGCCAGCACGUGUUCUGUGAGGAGUGCCUCUGCCUCUGGCUGGACCGUGAGCGCACCUGCCCGCUCUGCCGCUCGGUUGCCGUGGAUACCCUGCGCUGCUGGAAGGACGGGGCCACUUCGGCACACUUCCAGGUGUACUAG